AUUUUGUAUUAGAAGAAUAUCAUAGUACUUUUUGCUGGUUAGGAAAAACGGUAAAGUUGGAAGAUCUUCAAUAUGUAACAUAUUCUCAUUUUAUUGAAAAAUCUCAUGAACUUGAGCAAUCUAUUAAAGAAGCGGAAAAAAUCAUAUGA